ACCGAAAUUUAAUUUAUAAUAGUAUGAGAAACAAGUGUACAUUAUUCUAAACUUUCUCUUAAUUAAAUAACAUUCAAAAUUUUCUUGUUGAUCAAGCAUAACCCCUCAAUGAUUCCUUUAAAAUGACACUAAAUGAAGAGAACAAAGAGAAACUCAAGAAAACUUAAUAUGGGCAAGAAAGAUCAGGGGCAGACAGUUGUUCAGAUAACAAGCACCCCUCACUUUCAAUCCUAAGGUUCAGAGUUUGAAUCACCACGGUAAGUAUCCCUCUCUUUCAAUCCUAAGAUUCUGAGUUUGAACCACCAUGGUAACCAUCCUUCACUUUCAGCCCUAAGAUUCUGAGUUUGAGUCACCACGAGAGCAAUAGAAAGGAAGCUCAGGCAAGAAAUGGAUGAAGAUUUGAAGCUCCAUGGAUCAUGGGCAAGCCCAUAUUCAUUAAGAGUAAUAUGGGCUCUUAAAUUAAAGGGUUUAUCAUAUGAAUACAUAGAAGAAGAUCUUGCAAACAAAAGUGAUUUGCUUCUAAAAUAUAAUCCUAUUUUCAAGAAAAUUCCAGUUCUUCUUCAUGAUGGAAAACCAAUUUGUGAAUCUAUGGUUAUUCUUGAAUACCUUGAACAACUAUGGCCAAGUCAAUAUCCAUUGCUACCAAUUGAUCCUUAUGAAAGAGCUUUGGCUAGAUUUUGGGUGAAUUAUUUUGAAGAAAAGAGUGUAUCUCUUUGGCUGAUAUUUAGAGCAAAAGGGGAAGAACAAGAAAGGGCAAUGAAGGACAGCUUGGAAAUGUUGGAAACUAUAGAAGAACAUGCUUUUAAAAAUCAUAAAAAUAAUAUAUUUUUCAUUGGAGGAAAAAUUGGAAUAGUGGACAUAGCUUUUGGAUGGAUUUGUCAUUGGUUGAAAAUUAUAGAAGAUGUUGGAGGUGUCAAACUUCUUGAGGAAAAUUCAUUUCCUAAUUUGCAAAAAUGGAUGAAAAAAUUCAAAGAAGUACCUUUGAUAAAAGAAAGUCUACCUAAUCACCAAAAAUUGUUUUUGCCUUUUAAACUUAUAAGAGACAUGUUGCUAGCAUCUUGAGAUUACUGAAAAAAGUAAGUGGAAAUAAAUAUAGGAACUUGCUUAUGUUGCCGGUUUCAAGAUCGAAUAUUUGAUAGACAAUGUAAAAUUAGGCAAUUUUAUAUUGAUUCUAGCUUAUUUGGGAA